GCUUUUCAGCAGCACGUGGGUGACGCGUCGUAAACAUGGCGGAUCAGAGAGAAGGGUCUGUAGAUGUAGAGAAGAAACACGCAAAUAAAGCCGAAGAGGAGAACAACACAGAGAUGACAGAAGACGAAAUCAACGAGACACACGACGACACAAACACUGAAGAGACACACAAGAGCUUCAGAGAUCUGGGUGUCACUGAAGUUCUCUGUGAAGCCUGUGAUCUCCUGGGAUGGAAAAAACCGACCAAGAUCCAGGUAGAAGCCAUUCCUGUAGCACUGGAGGGGCGUGAUGUGAUCGGUCUGGCGGAGACGGGAUCAGGGAAGACAGGAGCUUUUGCUCUUCCUAUUCUUCAGUCUCUUCUGUCGUCUGCUCAGCGCCUGCACUCUCUCAUCCUGACUCCUACCAGAGAGCUGGCCUUUCAGAUCGCAGAGCAGUUCGACGCACUCGGAUCCAGCAUCGGCGUCAAGACCGCGGUGAUCGUGGGAGGGAUUGAUACGAUGUCUCAGUCUUUGGUUCUGGCUAAGAAGCCUCACGUGGUGAUCGCGACUCCGGGGCGUUUGCUCGAUCACCUGGAAAACACCAAAGGAUUCAACCUGAGAGCGCUCAAGUAUCUGGUGAUGGACGAAGCUGACCGCAUUCUCAACAUGGACUUUGAGUCUGAGGUGGAUAAGAUACUGAAGGUGAUUCCUCGUGACAGACGCACGUUCUUGUUUUCAGCCACCAUGACUAAAAAGGUUCAGAAGCUGCAGCGCGCAGCUCUACAGAAUCCUGUCAAAUGUGCCGUUUCCUCCAAAUAUGCCACCGUAGACAAGCUGCAGCAAUAUUACAUCUUCAUCCCGUCCAAAUACAAGGACUGUUAUCUAGUCUCUAUCCUGAAUGAACUGGCUGGGAACUCCUUCAUGGUUUUCUGCGGCACAUGUAAUAAUGCCCAGCGGGUGGCGCUCUUGCUCAGAAACCUGGGCAUCACGGCCAUCCCUCUCCAUGGACAGAUGAGCCAGAACAAGCGUCUCGGGGCUCUUAACAAGUUCAAGUCCAAGUCUCGCUCGGUCUUGCUGGCGACGGACGUUGCAUCUCGAGGCCUGGACAUUCCACAUGUGGACUGCGUCAUCAACUUUGACAUCCCCACACACUCCAAGGACUAUAUUCAUCGUGUGGGCCGCACUGCCAGAGCAGGGAGAUCUGGGAAAUCCAUCACCUUCGUCACACAGUAUGAUGUGGAGCUGUUCCAGCGAAUCGAAGCACUGAUCGGGAAGAAACUGCCCGCUUUCCCCACACAGGAAGAGGAAGUGAUGAUGCUUGUGGAGCGAGUUAGCGAAGCGCAGAGAUUUGCACGGAUAGAGAUGAAAGAGAGUUCAGAGAAGAGAAAACGGCCGAAAGCAGAUGAGGAAGUGGCUGAUGAUGCAGAACAGUCGAGCGGUGUGAGGAAGAAGAUAAAGGGCGGCUCAUUCAGAGGAAGAGCCAAGCGAGGACGCUGAGCCUCUGCUGGAGUUUGCUUUAGUUAAUCUAAUAAAUUCUUAAUUUUUUCCCACA